CUCUCUAUAUAUUAAUGUCCGCAGGGCUUCUCACUCUUCACAAUUAAGAGCGGACAAGACAGAACUGGUCGAACUCUUCUUCCUCUCCUUCCUCCUAAAAUUCUCAUAUUUCCACUUCGCAUCGCUCAACUCGGCGGAGAAGCUUGCAAAAGAUGGGGGAGAAUGGAGCGGCGAAGGGCUACCAGCAAGCUGCUUUCGCUACCAUGGAUGUCUCGCUGGAGCACGGCAAUGGCGGCGGCGGCAAGUGCUACGACGACGACGGGCGGCCCAAGAGGACUGGGACGUUGUGGACGGCGAGCGCGCAUAUCGUGACGGCGGUGAUCGGCUCCGGCGUGCUGUCCCUGGCGUGGGCCAUAGGGCAACUCGGCUGGGUCGCCGGCCCUAUCGUCAUGCUCCUCUUCUCCUUCGUCACCUACUACACCUCCACGCUCCUCGCCGACUGCUACCGCUCCGGCGACCCCGUCACCGGAAAACGCAACUACAAUUACAUGGACGCCGUCCACGCCUACCUCGGCGGCGUAAAGGUCAAUCUCUGCGGACUCAUCCAGUACACCAACCUCUUCGGCGUCGCCAUUGGCUACACCAUCGCCUCCUCCAUUAGCAUGAUGGCCAUAAGGAGGUCGGACUGCUUCCAUGAGAAAGGCCACAAGAACCCGUGCCAUGCCUCGAGCACUCCGUACAUGAUCAUCUUCGGCAUCGUGGAGAUCUUUAUCUCUCAGAUCCCCGACUUCGAUCAGAUUUGGUGGCUCUCCAUCGUCGCCGCCGUCAUGUCCUUCACCUACUCCUCCAUCGGCCUCAGCCUCGGCGUCGUCCAAGUCGUCCAGAACAGAGGCUUCAAAGGAAGCCUCACCGGAAUCAGCGUCGGAGCCGUCUCUCCGAUGAAGAAGGUGUGGCACAGCCUCCAGGCCUUCGGCGACAUUGCCUUCGCCUACUCCUUCUCAAACGUCCUCAUCGAAAUCCAGGACACCAUCAGGGCGCCGCCGCCGUCGGAGGCGAAGGUGAUGAAGAAGGCCUCGCUGGUGAGCAUCAUCACCACGACUCUGUUCUACAUGCUGUGCGGGUGCAUGGGCUACGCCGCCUUCGGAGACAACGCGCCGAGCAACCUCCUCACCGGCUUCGGCUUCUACGACCCCUUCUGGCUCCUCGACGUCGCCAAUGCCGCCAUCGUCAUCCACCUCGUCGGAGCCUACCAGGUCUUCUGCCAGCCUCUGUUCGCCUUCUUCGAGAAGUUGGCGUCGGCGAGGUGGCCGGAGUCCAGCUUCAUCACCCGCGAGAUCUCCCUGCCGCUGGGCUACAAGCUGAGCCUCUUCCGGGUGGUGUGGCGCACGGCGUUCGUGAUGCUGACGACGCUGAUCUCGAUGCUGAUGCCGUUCUUCAACGACGUGGUGGGGCUGCUGGGCUCUUUGGGCUUCUGGCCGCUGACGGUCUACUUCCCGGUGGAGAUGUACAUCGUGCAGAAGAGGAUCCCGCGGUGGAGCACGCAGUGGGUGUGCCUGCAGACGCUGAGCAUGGCGUGCCUGGUGAUCUCUGUGGCGGCGGCCAUCGGCUCCGUCGCCGGAAUCGUCACCGACCUGGAAGUCUACCGCCCGUUCAAGAGCGAAUCCUAAGUAAUUGUAUUUACGACUCUGUUUCUUUCAACAUAUGAAUAUUGUCGUUUACUGUCGGAAAAUGUAGUGGAGCUUAGUUUUUGAAUAUCAAAAAAUAAAAAUAAAUAAUAAAUUUCAUGUAUUUAUUGCAUGAUAUUAUUAUUA